UAUUUUUGACACGUGCGUUACGUGCGCAUGUACAUUGUCAUGUACAUCUAAAAAGUUCAGUUUUUUAAAAAGGUAUUGGAUAAAUUGAUUCAAUAUAAAAUCUCUUUUAUCAAUAUUAACAAUUUAUCUAUUUGGAAUAUUAAGAAAUGGCGAACUUUGGUAAAAAGAAGUAUAAAGCAGGAGAGGCUGUGCAAUUUAUGACAAGGAAACAAGCACUAAAGAAAUUGCAACUCUCCUUGAAUGAAUUUCGUAGAUUAUCCAUUAUAAAAGGUAUUUAUCCAAGGGAACCUCGAAAUCGUAAAAGAGCACAAAAAGGGGAUACUCGUAUCAAGAUCCUCUAUCAUAAAAAAGAUAUACAGUUCUUAAUGCACGAACCAAUAAUAUGGAAAUUAAGAGAACAUAAGAUAUUUGCACGGAAAAUUGACAGAGCAAGGGCGAUGAAAGAGUUUAAAGAAAUGAGAAGAUAUCUUAAAAAAUAUCCUAUUAUAAAAUUAGAUCAUAUUGUUAAAGAAAGAUAUCCUACAUUUAUAGAUGCUCUAAAGGAUUUGGAUGAUUGCCUUACUUUGUGCUUCUUAUUUAGUACUUUUCCAUCCAUAAAACAUGUACACAGAGAUCACAGUGCGCUUUGUCGGAGAUUGACGGUAGAAUUUAUGCAUGCUAUAAUAGCUGCGAAGGCUCUGCGGAAAGUAUUUAUUUCUAUCAAAGGUUAUUAUUAUCAAGCUGAAAUAAAAGGACAGACUAUCACUUGGAUUGUACCACAUCAUUUUGGUUUUGAACCACAGAGCAAAUGCGAAGUAGAUUUUAAAUUGAUGUCCAUAUUUGUGGAAUUCUAUAUCAUUAUGCUUGGAUUUGUAAACUACAGGCUUUAUCAUACAUUAAAUUUAUUUUAUCCUCCAAAGUUCGGUGAUACGAUAUUUUCAGAAAAAAGUCUUGUAGACGAACAAGCAUUUGUAUCCGAAAGGAUAAGCGCUCUCAAUAUUCCAUUGGUUAAUUUAAAUUCUUCGGUACAGAAUGAAGAAGAUGAACUGGAAAUUGACAGUUUCACAAAUGAAACUGAUAAUACAAAAAUUGAAGAGGCUAAGGCAGAACGUGCAAAAAUAAAAAAAUUAAAAACCCUUUUUAAAGGGUUAAAAUUCUUUGUUAAUCGAGAAGUACCUAGGGAAUCUAUUGUUUUUACUAUUAGAUGUUUUGGAGGAGAUGUUUCAUGGGACAAAUUACUAUUCGUUGGUUCGACUUACGAUGAAAAUGAUGAAACUAUAACUCAUCAAAUUGUAGACAGACCUAGUAUGGAAAAACAAUUUAUUUCCAGAUAUUACAUACAACCUCAGUGGAUCUUCGAUUCGGUAAAUGCCCGGGAACUCUUACCCGUUGAAAAGUAUUUCAUGGGCUGUAUGCUACCACCGCAUCUUUCACCAUUUUCGGAUACCCGCCACGACCAAACGUAUAUACCACCUGAAGAGCGAGCAUUGAUGGAUCCUGAAUAUAAGUUGAAUUACAAUAAAGAUGAGGAAAUGGAAACGGAAUCAGAGGAUGAAGUAGAAUCUGAAGAAAAUACAGAAGAUGAAAAGAAAGGGGAGAUAGAGGACGAGGAAGACAUAAGUGAGGAUGAAGAGGAAGAAGAUGAAGACGAAGAUAAAGUUCUUGUUGUAAAGGAUAAUGAGAAAUCAACAAAAUCCAGUGCGGGAGGUAUUAAUGAAAAAGAACGGUUAAAUCAGAAAAAGAAGAUGAAGGUAAAGAGUGGCGAAAUAACGAAGGAAGAUCCUUGGGAAAAGAGUCGUCAGGAGCGGCAAGAAUAUCGUUUGCGAGAGAAAUUGGUUAAAAAUAAGCACCGAAAACUGUACAAAAGUAUGAUAAAGGGCCGAGAAGACAGAGCCAAAGCCAUUUGGCUGCUUCGUAAGAAAAGACGCAUUCACGACGAGACCGAGAAAGCAAAAAAGAUAGAAUUGCGUAAGGCAAAAAGGAACGAAAAUAAAACGUGAAUAUGCGCUAUUCCCGUAUUUUCCAUUAAGACACUUAUAAAUAUUAAUUAAUUUGUAUUAUAAUUUUUUAAUGAAAAAAAUUAAAACCCUAAAAUAAUUACAGAACAUUCUGUCA